GAAGGAGAACAUACUGUGUACUCCACCACCACGUUUCAUCCCCCAGCACCUGGGGGCGCGAACCCGGGUCCCCGGCGUAACGCAACAGGGAGCCAGCCGAGUGAGCUAAAGGAAACCCCCCCAAGCUGAGGUCCCCGCUAUGCGCAGGGGGGGGGGCUGACGUCAAAGUAUCCGAACUAGCUCCGCUACAUAAACAAAGAUUUUAAUAGUAUGUUAAAAAGCGGAAGAAAGGUCCACAGCAAGUUACUGCCUUUUCUUGAACCCUUGCUGCGGAUGAAAUCUCGUGUCGCGGCAGGCAGAUGUGGGCGGGAGUGAGGAAGUCCUGAUUUUCGAUACGGCGGAGUGAGAAGCAAGGCUCGGGUCGGGGAAUAGCGACCGCGAUGGACUGGGCUGUGCUCUGGGCGCUUCUGGGCGUCCUCUCCGCCGUCGCCCAGUCCGAACCCCGGCAGCGCCAGGCCGCGGUGGGGGGCUCGGUGGUCUUCGACGCGCCGGUGCUGGAGGAGGGCUCGCUGAAGUACGGCGCAGACGGCACCAUCGCGGCCGUUUUCGACGGGAAGCUCAGGACCGACUACGUGGAGCGGCUCAGAGGGAGAGUCACCUGGGACUCGCACACCGGCUUCUUCCAGAUCGAGCAGCUGAACACGCAGGACACGGGGGUGUACACGGUGGACAACAAGAUGGAGCAGAAGAGCGUCACCGUGUUCAACCUGCACGUGUACAGACGUGUGUCUCAGCCACGCGUGAGAGUCACAGACAAGGGCAACCUGCCCGACAGGCCCUGCACCGUCCAGUGCUCUGUGCAGAACGGGAAGGAGGUGACCCUGUCCUGGCAGAGAGAGGGGGAGACACUGUUGAACACCAGCUCCCCUGACCUCAAAGCUCCCCUGACCCUGCCUCUGGACAUCAGGGAGCUCAUGCACACCUACUACUGCGUGUCCUCGAACCCGGUCAGCACUGAGCGAAGGACGAUGGAGUCUGACGAGUACUGCGCCGUGACCCAGCAGCUGGAAGGCCAGGAGGGACAGGCGGUGUCCUUCUCAGUCCCCGUGCUGCAGGAGGGCUCUCUGAGGUACGGGGGGCUGGGGCUCGUCGCUGAGGUCUCUGGCGGCCGCAGCGAGCUGGACUACGAGGAGCGAUUCAGGCAGAGGCUCAGCUGGGACAGCCAGACCGGAUUCUUCCAGGUCACCAACCUCAACAAGCAGGACGCUGGGGUUUAUACAGUGGACAUUAAGGACGGAGGAGCGGUCAAGUUUCAUCUGACGGUGUCCAGUCCUCCUACUAAACCACUGGGGCUGAUUUUGGGAAUGUCCGUGGUCAUGGUCCUGUUGGUUGCAGCCCUGGCGUUCAUAAUCUGGUACCGCAGAAUGAAGCGACGACCUGUGGAUGUGACCGUGACCCGCGGAGACACGUUCACUUUCCCCUUCUCCGUGAUGGAGGAGGGAUCGCUGGCGCACCCGAAGCACCGGGUGAUCGCGCGGGUGACCCAGGCGAACUGCACCACAGUGUCCGGGUUCGAAGACAGGGUGUCCUGGGACGGGAUGUGCGGGGUGUUUCGGAUUGCAGACAUGCAAACAGAGGACGCUGGGAUUUUCAAGGUGAAGGAUCAAAAGAGGAAGAUGGUGAGGCUGAAUCUGAAAGUGCGCGAUCCCAGUCUCUCCGUUCCGUCCAGAAAACAGGCCGCAGGGACAGGAGAAACGGUGGAACUGCCCGUCGGAGGGUCGUACUCUUUCCCGAUCUCCGUACUGCGGGAGGGGACCUUGUCGCGGGCUCCUUACGGCCCCCUCAUUGAGGUGUCGGAGGGGAAGAGCAUCACUGUCCACCUGCGGGGGGUGGAGACCAAGGUGACCUGGAGCCACGAGACGGGAGAGUUUGCGGUCUCGCCUUCGAGCAGCAAGGGCUACGGGGAAUAUACCGUGGAAGACAAAAAAGGACAAGGAUCAUCAUACACUGUUCACCUGACUGAGAGAGGGUGUUCUGGAAAUGACCAACAUCCUCAAGCAGUGAGGCUAAGAGAUGAUAGUUUGGCCGAGUGAGAUUGACAUCUCAGGAGGGCGGCCAUAACUGUAUCUCACCCUCUGGAGCUGAAGAAACAGGACACUGGGAGUGAGUUCCACCUGCCUACAGAACCGACACCACUGCUGAGCUGUUCCAUGGAGGACUGGGAGAUUAUUCUACAGAACAGAAAGACUUUCAUUGCACUAACACCACUAUUAAACAGCUCCAGUACUGGGUCUCACUAAUUUUAUUAACCUUAUAAAUAGUUACAAACGUACAUGAGCUACUGUUUACAAUUAAUCGUACACAACAGUUUGUAUUGUCUUCUGCUCUUUGUGUAAUUGCUUGAGCAUAAUGCUUAAAGAGAGUUUUAAAGUGACUGGCGCUGACGCAAUCCCAGCAGUGAACAGCCGCAGAACAGAAACAGAGCUGGCCAAAUGACACACCCACUGCAAAGUGCACAAAAGUCACUUAAAGCAUUUACUGACGU